UAAUGGUGUUGUUAUUAUUUGGAUACAGAGCAGGCACCCUGGGUGAAAAUGUGUGGAGAAUUAAAUUGAUUUUUUUUACAACAUAAAUAACAAAUAAGAAUUUAAGAUGUAAAUAACAACAGACAAAGUUGUCUCAUUUGUGUCUGAACGCCAUACUGUAUCACUUUAAGCAAGGAGUUGAGUGACAGUUCUUUUUUCAAUAUUUAUGAAUUAGAAUUAAAACAUGGUCACAUUUUCAUUACAGUCCAAGAAUUACGUCAAAAUAGUUUUAAUAAGCUUUUAAUUUUCAGGGGGCACGUGUAAUCUGGUCAAUGGAAUUCUACUGUAAUGUUUAAAACACACGCUGCCCUUCCCAAGUAUGGCGCUCUGAUUGGUCCAGCUGUCUGUGCUGAGCAGUUUGCAGCAUCACAACACAUUCUUGUUUAAGAUCGAGCCCUAAAUUCUCCUCUAAAAGCAUAGAAGUUGCUUCUAUCAUCUCGCAACUAUAGAAUUUAGAUUUAGUCCAAGAGUUACAUGAAAGGUCUGAACAUUUGGUAAAAAAAAAUGUAAUGGAAAUGUAUUUAAAAAAAACAGAAAAUGAAGGGAAAACAGUUAACUGACAACCUGGUCUCUUUAAUCAUAGUUUUCUUGAGUGGUGGAUACCUUCCAGAAGAGUUCACGCCCCCUUCAAAUGUUUUGGCUGACUCUGUGUUUCACUUCUCGGAGACUCAGAGAGAAAGAGCGGUGAGUGAGGCAAGGGGGGAGGAGUGUUGCUUGUGGGAGGAGAAGCAGGAGGGAGUGAACUGGAGAGAAGACAGGAGAUCUGAGUUUGUGUGAGUCCUGCACGCUCUGGGCUACAGAAUGAGUGCAGUUGCUUUCCUCUCAGUCUGAGAGGCAACUGUUCUUGCUUCUUUUUUUUCCCUUGGUUUGUUACUUUAUUCCUGGACUUUGCUACAAGGCACUGCAGAGUUAGUUCCCUGCUGUCAAGAAACUUUCUUGUCACUCCUUUCCUUGAAAGUAUCAUGCCGGUUGUUGGUGUUGCCUCCAAGCUGAGGCAACCCACCACGGUGGGCACCAAACCAGUUCACACUGCUCUCCCCAUCCCCAACGCGGUGAGGGCUGCCGCCUCGCAGAGCUUUGCGCCCCGCCAGCAGGAGCUCAAGACAGGUGAUUCCACAGCGAGGGUCUCCUGCCAGCUGUCAAACAAGUCAGACUACCAGCAGACCAGGACUCCUGAGGCAAAGUCCAGAGCUGAGAAUGAGGAGAGCAAGAUUUGCAAGAUUUACACCGAUUGGGCAAACCAUUACCUGGCUAAGUCUGGCUGUCCUCGCCUCAUCAAGGAUCUCAGCCAGGACGUCACAGAUGGAGUCCUGCUGGCACAGAUCAUCCAGAUAAUCGCCAAUGAGAAAGUGGAGGAUAUAAAUGGCAGCCCACGGAGUCAAACACAAAUGAUUGAGAAUGUGGACGCUUGUCUCAGUUUUUUGGAUGCCAGAGGAGUUAAUGUACAAGGGCUAUCAGCAGAAGAGAUCAGGAAUGGCAACCUAAAAAGCAUCCUGGGUCUCUUCUUCAUCCUCUCACGCUACAAGCAGCAGCAGCAGCAACAGCAGCAGUACUACCAGUCGCUGGUGGAGCUCAGCCAGCAGACCAGCGGCACGACGUCAGCUGCCAGCAACAUCAAGGCACAAGAGAUGCAGUCCAGUCUGGCAGCGCGAUAUGCAAGUCCUCCGGCUCACACUGGGAUAGGGUCGCCACAGAAGAAGAACACAAGGUUACCAGGACCCUCCCGAGUCUCUGCUGCUGGCAGCGGGGCCUCCAGAAGCCCAGGAUCCUCCAACCUCAACCGUCGCAGUCAGAGUUUCAACAGCAUCGACAAAAGCAAACCCCUGCAAUAUGCCAGCGGCAACGACAGAGAGGCAGUCAGGAGUAUUCCAGUACCGGGCGGAAUGAAUGCCGGAGGUAUUGGGGGGACUGUUCCAACCAGUCUGAGCGGGCAGCAGCUGGCUUCUGCCAUCCCUUCACCCACUGUGGGAAAGUCCUGGCGCAGCAAGUCGAUGAACCUCAAGCACAGUGCAACUUCGUCGAUGCUUGCUAGCCCCACCAGCACCACCACCCCCUCCUCCUUGGGGCAAACCUCAGACGGCCUCCAGUCACAUUUAGGUGAUGGAUCAAAACUAGGGUCAGCUGUGUGCAGUGGCCACCAGAGGUCUAUGCUGGAAAAGUUUCGCUUAAUAAACCCUCGAUCGGCCUCGAGAGCAUCACCUUCUGUGGCUGAGAUGGCUCUGCAGGAGGAAGAUGACCUGUCAGAGUAUGGCGAGGACGGAGUGAUGUCUGUUGGGUCGGUGUGCAGCAUCAGCAGUGCAAAGCAAAUACCUUCAAAGAACCCGCCACCUUCUCUCACCGCAGCAAACAAGAAUUCCUCUUCUUCCUCUUUUGCAAAGGGGUCCACGAAUAGCACUCGGUCCGGCAUCUCUUCCAAAGACAAGGAGGACAAAAGUAAAUCUGGGAAAACCUCCAAGGACAGUCCUGCCCCCAAAGAAGAGUCGCUCGCUGACUCUACAAAGAAAAACUCUAAAAUUGCAAGCUUCAUCCCGAAGGGUGGGAAGCCAUCAGCUGGAAAGAAAGAUGCUGGAUCGACAGUAGGUUCAAGUGGCAUCCCGAAGCCUGGACUCAAAGCACCCACAACCACCACAGCAAAGCCGCAGAGUCAGUCCCAGACUCUGAGCCAGACUGCCUUAAACAGCAGUGGUAAUCUCCGCGGAGGAGAGGCGGAAAAACCCAAGCUGACCAAAGGUGGUCAGGGAGGAAGUUUUUACUCGCAACGCUCAUCUGGGGGCCCAGAGUCAAAACGAACUAGCAUAACUUCAUCCACCAGCACGUCCGCCCUCUCUGGGACCAGUGGGACGGUGGUGGGAGGAGGAGUGGUUGGUGGGAACGGUGUUGUACUUCUUCCUCAGCAACAACAGCACAAUCACCCCAACACUGCCACAGUGGCUCCCUUUAUGUACAGGACAUUCUCAGAAAAUGACUGCACCAUGGUGGCCCCAGCCGAACCCUGCCUCAGCCCCACCAAGGGAGAGCUUCAUUACAGCAAGACAGCCAAACAGUGCCUGGAGGAGAUAUCAGGUGAAGACCCUGAAACAAGACGCAUGCGGACUGUUAAGAACAUUGCUGACCUGCGGCAGAACCUGGAAGAAACCAUGUCCAGUCUGCGGGGGACACAAAUCAGCCAUAGUACGCUGGAGACGACCUUUGACACCACAGUCACCACCGAGGUCAACGGCAGGAGUCUCCCAGCCCUCGCCACUCGCUCCUCCCCAAUGGCCUGGCGUCUCGGUCCAUCGCAAACUCCUCGUCUUCAGGCUGGCGACGCCCCCUCAAUGCCCGGAACCUAUGCUCCGCCCAGGGCGAGCGCGACAGGCGCUGGCACCGCCGCAGGGCGCUACAGUGGUCACUCUGAUCCCUCCAGGUUUGUGUACGCACCCCUGAGGCGAGCAGCGGCAGGGGCACGGGAGGUGGAGCAAGGGGAGAAGGGAGAAAGGGGGCUGGAAGGAAGGAAGCACAUGGAGGUGGCAGGUUACAUGAGUGAUGGGGACGUCCUGACCAAGAACAGCCGGAUGGAUGAGAUCACAUGCGGAUAUCUGACAGACGGCGGCCUCCAUCUGUAUACGAGGAAUACUGGCCGAGCAUCAGAGGCGGCCUCAUCUCGGGAAUUAUCCCAGCGAGGAAGCAAGGAGAUGCAAGGCGACAUUGACAGCUGGGACGACAGCAGCUCGGUGAGCAGUGGCCUCAGUGACAACCUGGACAACAUCAGUACUGAUGACCUGAACACUCCGCAGUACCCUGCUGUCAGCUCGUCACGAAAAAGCCGAGGAGCUCAGUCCCACAGAGAACACCGAUCCAAGCAUGUGGAGCCAGAGGUGAGCAGCAGUUGGGUCGGUGCUGAAGACUUGAAAAAGGUGGAGGAGGAGUUGGACACAAGCAUGGACCCCUCGAGUAGCUCCUCACGUUGGAAGUCAUCAUCAUCUUCAUCCCAGGCUCAGGGCCAGUAUGAAGAUGCUUCGCCAAAGGUCACCGCACUCGGACAGAUGUCCCAGACCGGGUCACUGAGAAGAGGCAUGACCGCCCAAGUGGGCAUCACACCACCCAGGACCAAGAGCAGCAGUGCUACACUUAAAACGCCAGGUAAAACUGAUGAUGUCAAAGCCUCAGAAAAGGGAAAAGUUCCCUCCAAGAGUUCAGCAGCUAUCCAGCGCUCCCCCUCCGACGCUGGGAAGAGUAGUGGAGAUGAGGGCAAGAAACCUCCUUCAGGGAUUGGCCGGCCUUCCACGACAGCAUCUUUUGGAUACAAGAAGAUUCCUGGUCCAACAGGUACCCUCAUCACCUCAAGUGGCGCCACCCUUGCCAGUGGUUCUGCAACGUUGGGUAAGGCACCCAAAUCCUCAGCUGCCCUCACCAAGGGCACCGGCAUAGGUGGUGUCCGUAAGACCAGUCUGGAUGGCUCACAACCUCAAGACGACGCCAUCCUCCUCACAUGUGGAGGCUCCAAAGUCCCCCUCCAGUACCGCUCUUUACCCAGACCGGCCAAGUCCUCGAGCAGUGUGACGGCAGGACGCAGCAGUCACCGCUCCAGCUCGAGCAGCAUCGACUCGAACGUCAGCGGCAAGUCAGCUGGAGGGUCUCAGACGGCCGCCAAGCGCAGGGAUCCGGGGAAGGUUACCUCCGACCGUUCUAGUCCAAUCAACAUGAACCAGACGGACAAAGAGAAGGUGACGGUCUCAGACCAGGACUCGGCUUCAGCGCUGUCGACGUCGCCCAAAUCAAGCCCCACAAGUUCAGCCGGCCAAUCCAGUCUCAGGCAGCCCGGCUCCAAAUACCCAGACAUUGCUUCUCCCACCUUCCGCAGAUUGUUUGGUACCAAAGCCAGCUCUAAAGCCAGCACUCCAGGCACCCCUGACUCUGGCAAAUGCCCGUCAAUACUGGGCAGCCCCCACGGCACGCUGGCCAGGCAGGCCAGUCUGGACUCGCCCUCCUCUGGCACCGGCAGUCUAGGCGGCCUGAGUGGAGGCAGCAGCCCGCUGUAUGGUAAAACCCCUGACCUGUGCUCUGACUCCCCGGCCUCCAGUCCGGCCUCUGGUCUCUCCCUGCCCUCCAACGCACGGCCCUGGCCGGCCAGUAGCUCCUCUGCCGGCAGCAAGGACACACUGAGCUGCCAGAGCAUGACCAGUCUGCACACCAGCUCUGAGUCCAUUGAUCUGCCGCUGGGUCACCACGGGCCCAAAGUCACGCGAACCGGCAGUGUCAAGUCCACCCUGUCUGAGGGCAUGCCUCUUGACAGAAACACGCUUCCAAAAAAGAGACUGAGGUAUCCUCCGUCAUCCAGGCAAACGUCACAUGAAGAUGGCAUGGAGUGGCUGAGGUCCCACUCCACAGGCGGCCUCCAAGACACGGGCAGCCAGUCGCCAUUGUCUCCCCCGGGGGCGUCCUGCACCAACACUGGAAAGUACCACUAUUCAAACCUCUUGAGCCCAACAAACAUCAGUCAGUACAACCUGCCACCGGGAGGCAGCAACAGCAGCAUGAGUCGCUCCAACAGCAUCCCGGCCCAGGACUCCUUUGACCUCUACGGAGACGGACACCCACUGGGAGGCAGCGCAACCUCUUUGGAGGACCGACCUCGCGCCAUCAGCCGCUCCGGCUCCUUCAGGGACAGCACUGACGAAGUCCAUGGCUCUUCACUGUCACUGGUCUCCAGCACAUCUUCACUUUACUCUGCGACGGAGGAGAAGGCACACUCAGAGGGCCAAACAGUCCAAAAUUCCACGCAAAUUCGGAAGCUGCGUCGGGAGCUGGACGCCUCUCAGGAAAAGGUCGCGACCCUGACGUCUCAGCUGGCUGCCAAUGCUCACCUGGUGGCAGCUUUCGAGAAGAGCCUGAGUAACAUGACCUGUCGCCUGCAGAGUCUCACCAUGACGGCCGAACAAAAGGAGUCAGAGCUGGUGGAGCUGAGAGAGACGAUCGAGACGCUGAAGACGCAGAACACAGACGCACAGACUGCUAUACAGGUGGCGCUGAACGGCCCUGACCACCUUCACAAAGACCUGCGGAUUCGAAGGCAGCACUCCUCAGAGAGCAUGUCCAGCAUCAACAGCGCAGCCAGUCACUCCAGUAUGGGCAGUCUGGGCAAAGAAGCCGAGGACAAGAAGAAGAAGAAGAAGAGCUGGGUGGCAGAUUCCCUCCCGGCUCAGCUGCGCAGCUCCUUCAAACAGGCCUUCAGCAAGAAGAAAACCAAAUCACAAUCGGCGCAUGACGAGAUGGAGGAGAUGAGCGACUCCCUGCCUUCCUCACCCAAGCUGCAGCACGACAACAGACAAGGAAGCGUCAGCACGCUGCGCUCAUCGCCCUCCACCACUGACAAGUGCCUUUGCGAUAGCAAGUCUUCCCCCAUUUGGGCACCAAAGAAAAAGCAAAACGGUCAUGUGGUCUACAAGCACAGAUCUCGGCUCUGCGAGUGCACGGAGGCUGAGGCGGAAAUCAUCCUUCAGCUGAAGAACGAGCUGAGAGAAAAGGAGCUGAAGCUGACAGACAUCCGACUGGAGGCGCUAAGCUCCGCCCACCACUUGGACCAGAUCAGGGAAGCCAUGAACCGCAUGCAGAAUGAGAUUGAGACGCUGAAGGCUGAAAACGAUCGGCUCAAAUCGAGUGGAAAUGCUACACCGACUGCAACGCCUGUCAAAACCGCCAGACCCCCCUCCGAGACCUCCAGCACUUCCUCAUCCUCGUCCCGUCAGAGUUUGGGGCUUUCUCUGAAUAACCUCAACAUCACAGACACCAUCAUGUCCGACAUUCUCUUGGACGAUGGGUACGAUGGAAAUCUUCGCAAAGAAGGACGCAGUGUGCGAAUCGUCGUCACCAUCAACAGCGGCUCAAACAGGACCAAGGGAUUGCAGAGCCAUGAGUACCUGAUCGGAUCCAUAGGUGUGAGCGGUAAAACAAAGUGGGACGUCCUGGAUGGAGUUAUCCGACGUCUCUUCAAGGAAUACAUGUUCCGCGUGGACCCUCAGGGCAGUCUGGGUCUGAGCUCCGAGAGCAUAGUCUGCUACAGAAUGGGCGACGUUGUUCGCUCUCACACCUCACAAGUGCCUGAGCUGCUGCCCUGCGGCUACCUGGUGGGCGACAACAACGUCAUCAAGGUCAACCUCAAAGGUAUGAAGGAGCAUAGCAUCGACAGCCUGGUGUUCGACACUCUCAUCCCCAAACCCAUCAUCCAGCGAUACCUCAACCUCCUGAUGGAGCACCGUCGCAUCAUACUCUCGGGGCCCAGCGGCACAGGCAAGUCCUUCCUUGCCGCCAAGCUGGCCGAGUUCAUCAUCUCGCAAACAGGGCAGGAGGUGAACGAGCACAACGUUGCCAGCUUCAACGUGGACCAGAACUCCAGCAAGGACCUGCGUCAGUACCUGUCCAACCUGGCAGAGCAGUGUAACUCAGAGGAGACGGACACAGAACUCCCCUCAGUGGUGGUCCUGGAUAACCUCCACCACAUCGGCUCACUCAGUGACAUUUUCAACGGCUUCCUCAACUGCAAGUACCACAAAUGCCCUUAUGUCAUCGGGACCAUGAACCAGGGAGUCUCCUCAUCUCCAAACCUCGAGCUCCACCACAACUUCAGGUGGGUCCUGUGCACUAACCACACGGAGCCAGUCAAAGGUUUUCUGGGCCGCUUCUUACGGCGGAAGCUGAUCGAGACAGAGAUCAACAAAAGCAUGCGCAGCAACGACCUGAUCAAGAUCAUUGACUGGAUCCCAAAGACAUGGCAGCACCUCAACAGCUUCCUGGAAGCACACAGCUCCUCUGAUGUCACCAUCGGCCCUCGCCUCUUCCUGUCCUGUCCCAUGGAGGCUGAAGCUUCUCGGGUCUGGUUCACUGACCUGUGGAACUACUCUCUGGUGCCGUACCUGCUGGAAGCUGUCAGAGAAGGACUUCAGCUGUACGGGAAGAGAGCAGCCUGGGAGGAUCCGUCCAAGUGGGUGAACGACACGUAUCCAUGGAACGCUGCCUCGCUGCAGCAGGAAGGACAAUCGCUGCUCCAGCUGAGGCCGGAAGACGUGGGGUACGACGGGUUCAGCUCCAGUAAAGAGGGAGCGUCUUCCAAGCAGGUGUCCCAGAGCGACACGGAGGGAGACCCACUGAUGAACAUGCUGCUGAGGCUGCAGGAGGCCGCAAACUACUCCAGCACCCAAAGCUGUGACAGCGACAGCACCAGUCACCACGACGACCAGCUGGACUCCUCACUGGAGUCUGCGUUGUGAGGACCACGAGCUGCUGCGCAUCUGUGUGUCACGAAUGAAAAGUUUUAUUUUCCAGAAAGGUGCAAUUUUCAAUCAAACCGUGGUGUUUUUGAAGUGCAAUAGCCGACGAGGCUCCUCGAGUGUGACUCAUCCCGGUGGCUCAUUUCAGACACACUCUGCAGAGUGUGCAAUUAACGCUGGAUGUCAGAGUGUAAAACAAAGAAUGCAGCAAGUUCCAUGCCGUGAAACUGGAUUUGUUUGCGUUGAAUCCACCCCAGUGAUAUCGUCACGUUUACAGCGAGGCCAUGGCGUCUGUGUUUUUCUUUAUUCCUUGUUUACACUGGUGCUUCUCACGUGAAAAUGCACAGCUGGAGGAGACAAUCUUGGGCAACAGAACCGCCGUCUCUAUUGUCCCUCAGCGAGGCACUGUUCCUUCAGCUCUCAGUGAAAUGCUUGCAGGUGACGCGGCGCCCUCGUGUGGUGGAGUGGCGAGGCGCCUCAGAAAACGCGUUCAGCUCGCAGAAACCGUUAUGAAUUUUAAUCGAGCAUUACACUUAAAAUGAGCAAUCGAGUGACCACCACUUGGUCAUUGCUCAACAUAGUGAGUGGUACUGGUGUGGUGUUGCGUUCAAGACAACCUGGGUUUCAUGUUAAUACACAUUUUCUCUCCAAAGUUGAGAAACCUGAAGCUAAGAAUAAGUCUUGUUUUUGUCCUUCAUUCCUAUUGCUUCAUCCAUGAAUCAUCCGGUUAUGAGGCCUAUGUGUCAGUGGCCACAAAUGGUGGUCAUGAAUGCGGUGUCGGAGGCCCAAAUAAUGGUCUCCAUAGACCUAGGCCGAUGCGCUCGUGUCCCAGAUCAGCUGUGACUCAAGGAAAACUGAAUCCUCUUUGUCGCCUGCCCACACCAUCUGCGUGUCCUGAAAACUCAUCUCCCUUUCGUUGACUGCCAAAUUCGCACUCUGUGACUUGUGAGCAGGUUUUUGUCAGGAAUCACAGAUGUGUUACAAACAAAGCUACCUGAGCAGACGUCUUUGAUCAGUCCUGUUUAGGCUAAAGUCAAUGUGAGCGACUCUUGUUUCCAUACAGAUACUUUACCGAACCGUCUCCCCCUUCACUGAUGCAGUUCACCUGUUGCACUUUAUUUCCCCAUCAGGGAACAUGAGUUACACACACACACACAAAAAAAAUUGGCUUCAGCAGAUCAGGACAAUCCAGACAACAAAAACACUUCCACUGGUGGAUACGUGACUUCCACGUGAUUGUAGCAUCAUGAUCAGACUGAACACAACACAAGUGCUCUAACACUCUCAACGCCGAUCUUUAGAGACUGGAGAAGUGCUGCGGAGACUUAAGGAUUCACGGUGCAGUCCACCUUUGAGAACUGCUCGCAAUGUUGACUGAUUCAAAUGGAACGGAGUGUGUGGCGGAAGACGAGCAAACUCAAACAUGUCCUCAUCAUGUUGCCUUGAGUUUACGCUGCACCUCUUUGACAGUGUUCAGGAGCUGCUCUGGGUAGACUGGAUUAUUCAACACAGCUUCCCAAAAGAUGGCGAAAAGAUAGAGCACUUGCACCGAAAGAUGCGCUGCCAAACAUAUUUAUUUUUGGAAUGUCAAAAAUAGAAUUAUGAUAUUGGUGCUUUCUCGCUGCCUUAAACGCUUAGAAGGCAUCUGUUGCUCAUGAGAUGUGAAGGAUGGGUCCAUGUCUCCUUUUCAUUCAUCAUGUUUUCAAUGAGCUCUGGCAGUGAAAGUACAAAGCCUAUUAAGAGAACAGCUAUUGUAAAUUUGGAGGAGUAGAGGCGGGUGAUUGUUUGGCCCAGUUGACCUGGGUGUCUUUCAUUCAGAGCACAACAAGACUGUGUGACUUUUUGUAACCUGACAAGCAUGUUUUGAGCUUUUUAUGCUUUGAGAGGAACUCUUUACUGCAAUGUAUGCGUUUGGGAGGGAAGCCAUUUUUACAUUUUGAUUGUCCUCUCUUUGUUUAAGACUGGUUUUGCACACUUAAAAGCUGGGGUGAGUUGUAAAUACUUUAGUCUUGCACAGUGAAUCAAAGAUGCAUUCAGCCCUGUCUGUGUCACGCAUCACUGAAAACAGAACUGGGGGGAAAAAAUGAAAACUACAAACCUGUCGGACAAAGGUGUGUUUUGUGAUUGGAUGGUUUUCCUAUGCAGGCGGUGCUCUGUGUACAGCAACAGCUCCUUCUGGUCUUUGCAUCUUCCUGAUCUUUCAUUCAUGAAAAACUGUAUGUCUGGACGUUUACAUCAUUUUGGACUCCGCUGCUGGGCCGGGUGCUGAGGUGGACACGACGUCGUACUGUAAACAAUCGCCAACCGGUGCUACUCGUCAGUAAAGUCCCACAUGUCACUCACAACCUCAGGACUGACCUUCUGAGCGACCCUGCAAGCGUCUCCAAAACCAGACCCCAAAAUAGAGGCCAGUAUUUUCAGAGAGCAUAAAACAAAUCACGUCAAUGAUCAGCCGGUCCAUCUGUCCCCUCACCCGCCUGCUGUUUGAGUCCGUUUGAAACUGUUGCUAUUCCUCCUGUUUUCUGAGGAAGAGUUGUGUUUUUCUUCCUUUUGGGUGAAAACAUUCGUCCUUAAUGUUUUAUAUUUUGUACAUUUGUAUGUAACAUAAUAUGUAUAUAGACAGAGACAAUGAUUUAACUCAUCAGGAGGAUUUUGUAGUCUUUGUAAAGCCCUAAUAAAUGGUAUUUGGUGUCGCACAA